CACACACACUCCUUGAGAUCCCGUAGCCUACUCCUCUGUGUGCCCUUGCCUCACUUUGGCUCUUUACGCACGGCUCUGUAUUCUCGCCUCUCCACACAGGCAGCCUAUAUAUAUAUUUCGGGGGCAGUCUAAAACAUUAAUCGGAGGACAUUCCCACAGAAAAAGGACACGAGAUGCGCACACACUCGCACGCAGGCUCGCUCCAGAGGUGCAGCAGCCCUGACGUACAGACCGAGGGAGUAAACAUGGCGUCAGACGGAAUGGUGCUCACAAACCACGACCAUCAGACCCGAGUGGGGAUCCUGACGGUGAGUGACAGCUGCUUUAAGAACCUGGCCGAAGACAGAAGUGGAGUGAAUUUGAAAGAUCUGGUCCAUGAUCCCUCUCUGCUUGGGGGAGUCAUAGCCGCCUACAAAAUUGUCCCUGAUGAGAUCGAAGAAAUAAAGGACACUUUGCUGGAGUGGUGCGAUGAACAUGAGCUGAACCUUAUUCUCACGACUGGAGGAACUGGCUUUGCACCAAAAGAUGUUACACCUGAGGCGACCAGAGAGGUGAUAGAGAGAGAGGCUCCAGGAAUGGCUCUGGCUAUGUUAAUGGGAUCACUCAAUGUUACACCUCUUGGCAUGUUAUCCAGGCCUGUUUGUGGCAUUCGUGGCAAAACUCUCAUCAUCAACCUCCCAGGGAGCAAGAAGGGCUCCCAGGAGUGUUUCCAGUUCAUCUUACCUGCACUGCCUCACGCUAUUGACCUCCUGCGUGAGGCUAAUGUCCGAGUGAAGGCCACGCAUGCUGCCCUGGAGCAGCUGCCCUCACCCCUGUCCAACACCCACAACAACGCGCACAACAGCACCCACACCAUGGAGAGGGGGACCCAGUGUGAGGAAGAGGAGGAGGAGGAGGAGGAGCGGCGCAGAGGAGGAGGCCGCCACGCGCACAAUCAUCAUCACCAUCACCACCAUCACCAGCACAGCUCCUCCCACAUCACUGCAGCCGCCAUCGCUGCAAAGACCAGUCAUGCUGUGGUUAUGGCUAAGGGUGCCCCCUACCUGCCCGGCACCACACCUGCACCCACUCAUUUUAUCUGCUCCUGUAGCCACGACGACCAGAUCCCGGACUCGAUCAUUUCGCGAGGCGUUCAGGUGCUUCCUCGAGAUUCGGCCUCUUUAAGCUCCACCCCCUCUGAGUCUCCACGGGCAACACAGGCAACCUCCCGCCUGUCCACCGCCUCAUGCCCGACACCCAAGGUUCAAUCUCGAUGCGGCAGCAAUGAGAACAUUCUGAGAGCCAGUAAGUUCAGUCACAGUGCAGUGGACAUCAGUAAAGUAGCACGUCGUCAUCGCAUGUCCCCUUUCCCAUUGACGUCGAUGGACAAAGCCUUCAUCACGGUUCUGGAGAUGACGCCAAUCCUGGGAAUUGAAGUCAUUAACUACAGAGAUGGUUUGGGCCGGGUGCUAGCUCAGGACAUCUAUGCCAAAGACAACCUUCCUCCGUUCCCUGCUUCUGUUAAAGACGGAUAUGCUGUACGAGCUGCUGAUGGCCCUGGAGACCGCUUCAUCAUGGGAGAGUCUCAGGCUGGACAACAGCCCACUCACACCGUGAUGCCAGGUCAGGUGAUGCGGGUGACGACCGGGGCUCCGAUCCCAUGUGGAGCUGAUGCUGUGGUCCAAGUGGAGGACACCGAGCUACUGAGAGAGUCUGAAGAUGGCACUGAGGAGCUGGAGGUGAGGAUUAUGGUCCAGGCUCGGCCCGGACAAGACAUCAGACCCAUCGGUCAUGACAUCCGCAGAGGGGAGUGUGUUCUGGCCAAAGGUACCCAUAUGGGUCCCUCUGAGAUCGGGCUCCUGGCCACGGUCGGGGUCACUGAGGUCAGCGUGCACAAGUUCCCUGUGGUGGCCGUCAUGUCCACUGGAAACGAGCUGCUGAACCCAGAAGACGACCUCCAUCCUGGGAAGAUCCGAGACUCAAAUCGCUCCACCCUGUUAGCCACGAUCCAAGAGCACGGAUACCCCACAAUCAACCUGGGAAUCGUAGGAGACAACCCCGAUGAUCUGCUCUCAGCACUCCAUGAGGGCAUCAGUCGUGCAGAUGUCAUCAUCACCUCAGGAGGAGUGUCUAUGGGGGAGAAGGACUAUCUGAAGCAGGUCUUGGACAUUGACCUUCAUGCUCAGAUCCACUUUGGACGUGUCUUUAUGAAGCCAGGUCUUCCAACUACCUUUGCAACAUGUGACAUUGACGGAGCUCGGAAACUCAUCUUUGCUCUGCCAGGAAACCCAGUGUCGGCUGUGGUCACUUGUAAUCUGUUUGUUAUUCCUGCUCUGAGGAAGAUGCAGGGAAUUCUGGAUCCUAGACCUACCAUUAUUAAAGCUAGGCUGUCAUGUGACGUGAAGCUGGACCCCAGACCAGAAUAUCAUCGCUGUAUUCUCACCUGGCACCACCAAGAGCCACUCCCCUGGGCCCAAAGCACAGGUAACCAGGUGUCUAGCAGGCUAAUGUCGAUGCGAAGCGCCAAUGGUCUGCUGAUGCUGCCCCCAAAGACGGAGCAGUAUGUGGAGCUGCAUAAGGGAGAGGUGGUGGACGUCAUGGUCAUUGGACGGCUAUGAUGCAGAUUUAAAUGUCACUCGCUACCGAUUACCAUGGCAGUGCCAGGACUUCCUGUCUGGACAGGAAACGGGCGGGGACAGGAAGCGAUGCAUGUCUACCUGGUCGCCAUUAGCUGUGAUGUCAUAUGCAACAGCCAAUCGGAGCCAGCGGAGGCUGAAUCCUCUUUGGUCUGCUCUGAGGAGAUCACUGUAUUUCAAUGGAGAAAAUGUGAAAAAAAUAUAAAAUAUGAGAUUUAUUCUGUAAUAUUAUUAUUAUCCUGAUGAAAAUUAUUAUGGUUAUUAAUAUUCUUAAUUAAUAUUCUAUUUAUUAUUAUUAUCAUGGUUCUGAAUAUUCCCAUCUUAGUAGUAACAUGACCUCUUCCUAAUCAUUUGCUUUGUGCGUCCCCCUCUCCCGUAUAGAUAUAGACAUAUAGAGACUCUUUCCUCUAGUCCUGUUCUGUUUCUCUUUCUUCUCCCUUUUACUUAACCUUCAUUUCUGCCUUUGCGUCCUUGUAUCCAGAUAAAAAAGACUGUGGUUACCCCUCCCCCCUGCACUAUCACCACAUCUGUCCUGGGACACACAGAUCCUUGACAUUUUUACUGAUAAUCUACUAAAGAAUAAGGACUUUUCUGUAUCGAAGCUGCUGAUCGUGUGUGCCACAAGUGAGAAAAUGACUAUUGCCAAAAUAUGUGGGGAAACCGCAAUUGAUCACAGUAUGAAGAACACUCAUGACUCUCCGAGAAGCCAUGAACUCUCCGUGUUGGUUAGUGGUUCAGCUUUAACACAGGAAGGAGCUAAGAAGUAGGAAACAGGAGCUAGGAGAUAGGAUGCAUCACAGGUUUACAAUCUUAAAACCUUCCUCAGAAUAUUCGCAGUUGUCUCUCUCUGGUUUAACAUUGAAGACAAGUUUGAUCCUUUAUAAAUAGACUUCAAUUGUUUAAUUAUUUUCCUGUUUAGCUUUUCCACUGCAGAUUUAUAAUCUACAUGAGUUAAAAUGACUUGAAGUCAGAUUAUGAAGUUUUGUGUCAGUAACAUAGACUGUAUAUAUAAAUGGACAUAGCUAACCUGCUCGCCAUGUUCUGGCUCCAACUUACACUGGAAAACUGUGGUCCCUCUCUUUGCAACUGCUGCUGUCAGGCUCAUCAUUUUGGUCUUAAGAUGUUCGUAUUAACCCGCUCUACAUGAUCCUGGGUUUUUUAUUUUGCUAAUGUGUCUGUAACUCAAGAUGUGAACAUUAAUAACAGAUGAAUCUGGCGCCUUCUUUCCCCGAUGUCACGUUAGCAACAGGUUUAAUUGACACCGUUGCUAAAUGCCCACUCUGCUAAACCAGCGGUGGGGACAUUACCUUCAACAGCCUCACUCCGACCGCGAGGAUCAUAGCAACCAAAGACCCAAUCCUGAGUUUCUAAUAUCGAACUCCUCUCCAAAUUGGUCCCUAUAACUGCUAGCCUCGAUGAGCUUUAUUUGGAGCCGAACGCUGUGGGUGACGUCACACUCACUUAAUCCACUUCUUUAUACAGUCUGUGGUCAGUAAUUCUGGCUUGUUUUUAGAUCGUUUAUCAAAUGUUUUCAAUGCUUUUUUUCUUCAAAUUAUAGUAAAACCAAUUCCAACCAACUUUCAUUAAUACAUAAUUUCUUACCCCCUGCAUUUAUUGCUUUGAAAAGAAAAAAAAAUCUUAAUAAAUCAGCCUGUCGUCAUUGUAAAAAAAAAAAAAAGAAGUGAAGUUGCAAAGUAUGGCAUUAAGUAUACUGUAUCUAUCUCGCCCUCAUUCUAUUAAUGCUAAAAAAAAAUAAAAAUUGAAAACCAUUCAUUUGUACUGUGAGUGGGCCUGCCUCUCCACAUAUCUGCCCUGUUACGUGACCUGGUAGUGUCACAUGCUUGUCUAGAUAAGUUUAAGAUGAGACAAGUUAAAUACCUUACUGUGGAACAUUUGAAACAAAGCAGUAACAAAUCCAUGGAGAUAAGCUGGUACUAGACUCUCCACUGGAAAAGUUGCACAGUGCUGCUUUAAUGACAAUCGUUUUCUGGUUAUAGGCUCAAGGAUAGAAUAAAUAGGCCUGUCAUGAUAACACCUUUGGAAGCUUGAUAUAUUGCUACAGAGAAAUAUUGCAAAAUGAUCCCAAUUUUUUAAAUACAGAAUCAUUAAAAGGCCUGAGCUGCAACGAAUAUACAGCAAAAUUAACCAGUGAUUAGCCAGAAAAGUUAGUUUCUCAACCUUCCACAGCUCAAAUCGUAUCACAUUAGAUAAAAACUGCUAAAAUCCUCCUCACUAUUGCAAAGAAAAAAAAAAGUUGAGCCCCAAAAUACAGGGUGUCCAUAAAGUAAAAAUUAUUACAAAGGCAUUUAAUCAGACUGAUCAUCUUAAUCAGACUUGUUCUGUUGUAUUCAGGAGUUUCCAAAAUGUUAUUUAUUUGAUUUUUUAUUUUAUUUUUUUUUUACCUCUUUUAAUCCACCUCUAUAGGGGCACUAGUAGUCACAUGAAGUGUAUCAAGGCAGGACUGAACCAUUGAUGAGGUUCUGCUACAUUGAACAGGGCAAGAAACCCAGUCUCAUCUGUGUCUUUGGCUUUAGUUCAGUAAUGUCUUGUGUCAUUCUUCGAUACGCAAUAUCUUUAACACAGCUCCAUAGAAAGAAAUCCAGAGGUGUGAUAUCUGGUCCAUCCCUUCCAGUCCAACUGGAAAUGUUUCGUUGGGGAACGAAAGGUCACAAAAAAUGCUAUGUGAUUAAAAACAUUUCUAACCAAUACAACUAAUCUAAUUAAUACAUCUCAUCAGUUGCCUUUGUAAUUAAAUUUGAAAAUUGUGGACACCCUGUAUAUAGUUCCAGAUUUCAUAUGUUGAACUAUAAGUUGAUGUUGUAACUAUCAUGACAGGUCUAAGAAUGCAAUAGAACCAAAACUACUUAACUCAAGUCAUCUUAACUCAUGUGUUUACGUUUGUGUAGUGUGACGGGUUUAGGGAGCACAUCCCCCAGUCCCUCUGUACAAGUGAUGUUUCAUUUUUAGGAGUUUAAAGUUUACACACACAAAAAACCCUACCAUUUUUGACCAAUUGGAUUGUCCACUCCCUGUGAAAUACCGCUUAGAAUCAUGUGUAGCCUGAUAAUACAGGGACACUGGUGCUGUCAGAA